CGUAACUAUAUUUUUCAAUUUUAUUCGGAGAAAAUUAAGAUUCCGCUUUCUCAAAAUGUUUGGCAAACUAAGAUUACUUUACAAUAUUACUAGUGCUAAUCCUUGCUCACGUAAAAUAUGUGCAACAAAUGCUAAUUUGUAUCCAAGAAAUUUAAAAAAUUUAAAGAAUAAAAUUGAAAAUGAAAGGGAGGAUGCAAAUACAAUAUCGCGGAUUGAAAAUGAAAUUGAAACUUUAAAUGAAGUGGAAGCGAAUUUAUUUGAAAAUUCAAAAAAUAUGUAUAAACCUGUAAAAAUGCAAGAAAUUCCCUCUUAUAAAUAUAAAAAGGAUCAUAGCAAAAAAAAAGAUCAAAGAGUUGCAGAGACGGUUCAAAAAGUCACAAAAAAACAGAGUUCAUCAAGGGUAGUGGAAGAUGUAAAGCUUGGUUUAGCUUACACUAGAUUAGAGUUGAAUCACCCUCUGUUAAAUAAAAUUUUUAUGACUGUGCGAUCCAAAAAGCAUCGAGACAAAAAAGAAUUGAUUUUGAUAGAAGGUCGACGUUUAUUUUUAGAAGCUAUAGAAUGUGGUCUUAGCUUACAAACCGUUUUGUUCAGUCAAAAAGAGCAAAUCGCAUUACUGGGAAAUGAUAUAAUAAAAAAAAUUUCAAAAGUUGGUGAAAUUUAUAAAGUUCCGCAACAUGAUUUAAAAACUUGGUCAGCGUUAACAACUCCUCCAGGUAUAAUAGGUAUAUUUAACCGGCCGACUGACCAAACUAUUACUUCGAAUUUGGAAAAUAAAUAUAUUAGAAAAGUGAAACACCUUCCCAUUACAAUCAUCUGCGAUAACAUAAGAGAACCAAGCAAUUUAGGAAGCAUAAUUCGAACAGCUGCUGCUCUACCUUGUUUAGAAGUUAUAAUUUUAAAAGGCUGUUGUGAUCCGUGGGAAUCAAAAGCUUUGCGUGGUGGUUGUGGGGGACAAUUCAGAAUUUCUUUAAAGUAUGGUAUGACAUGGGAAAAUUACGUUAAAGAGAUACCAAAAGCUGCUAAUAUUUUUAUAUCGGAAAACAAUUUAGCUAGGGUUCAUGAAUUUGGCUUCGAUAAAAAAAUACAAAUUUAUUCUGAAAUGCAAACAAAAGAAGAUAGCUACUUUUUUUUCGUAAUCGGUGGGGAAACUCAUGGUGUUAGCGACGAUGUUUAUAAGUAUUCAAUAUCGGAAAACAAUUUAAAUGCAGUUUUUUUGCAUAUUCCUCUAGCAAAUGAAAUUGAUAGCUUAAAUGCAAGCUCAGCAUUGACUUUGUUAUUAUUUGAAGCGAGAAGGAAAUAUUUACAAAAUUUAAGUACUAGAGUAGAUCAGGAAGAAUUAGAUAUUUUAGAAAAAAUACAUGAGUAACACAAAUAAUCUUUACACUUACUAAAUUUGUUCCAGCUUGCGCAUGCGGAGGUAGAUUUGUUGGUGGUUUUACAAAUACAUGAACCUUUGCGGAACUGGUCUGGUUACUUGCAUCUGUAACUUUUAGUAUGAAGGUGUAAAUCCCU